GCUCAGGCCCUACAGGAAAUCGAGCUCUAUGAUGUCAUGGCCGUAGGAAGUUGCUUGAGGAAGGGCAAGAUGGCGGCGCGGAGGGGAAUGAGCUUCUUGUGCCGGCUGUGGAAGGGACCAGAGGCUUGCCUUUUAACAAGAAGAGUUCCACUAAAGCAAUGUAGCUUUCUUCACAACAAUCACUUGAUGUGGUUUCAGUUUUCAGGCGUGCACACCAAUAUUCAGCAGCCCAAGGAAAAAUCCCUGGUAUCUGUUUCAGAUGAACCAGAUGUGUUAUAUAAGAAACUGGCUGUCUUGGUGAAAGGUCAUGACAGAAUGGUGUUGGACAGUUAUGAGUAUUUCAUGGUGCUUGCAGCUAAAGAACUUGGUAUCUCCAUAGAAAAAGUAGAAGAACCUCCAAAGAAGAUAGAACGAUUCACACUUCUAAAAUCAGUGCACAUAUUCAAGAAGCACAGAGUUCAGUAUGAAAUGAGGACACAUUACCGCCACGUGCAGUUAAAGCAUUUAACCGGCAGCACAGCCAAUGUUUACUUGGAAUACAUUCAACGAAACCUACCUGAAGGGGUUGCUAUGGAAGUAAAAAAGACAAGACUAGAAAGACUUCCUGAACAUAUCCAGAGACCUGUCUGGGACACACUGCCUCAAGUAGAAGAAUCAACAAGUAAAUCCUAAAUGCCUGGUCUGAAGAUCCCACCCCUAGAGUUGAAAUCAAAUGUAACAAUGUCAUUCUGUUAGAGAGAAAUAUACUAUUUCUUAAAUGGACCUGUAA